UCUGUUCUUCCGGUGAUCCUCUUGGGAUUGGAAUCCAUUUGCUAUUUCUAUUCCUGAUGCUGUAUUAUUGUUGUUAUUUUUAGUUGGCUUCGUCCCUCUUCCCCGCCUUGUUUUUUUGACUUGUCUGUUUCUUCACCGUUCAAUUCCCCUGGGAGGCUUUGCGUUCCCACGAGCCUCCGUUUACUGCAGUCAUGGGCUGGCCCAAGUGCAAUGCAACAGUCGAACAUGAGACGAUCACCGAGGUUCCCUUGUGGCCAGAUGGGAUCACCUUUCAUAAUUUAUGUUUAGUUGUCGGGGGGGUGUUCGCCCUCAUCGCGUGUGGGUUUUCCUUCUACUUGAUCAUGGGUCAUGCCACACAUUACAGCAAACCGGAGGAGCAACGCCAAAAUAUCCGCAUCCUGUUAAUGAUCCCCGUUUACUGCAUCGUCGCAUGGGUCGGCACUUUCUUCUACAAACACUCUGUCUACUACAGUGUCAUUGGCGACUGCUACGAAGCGUUCACCAUCUCCGCCUUUUUCGCCCUGAUGUGUCACUAUCUCGCCCCAGACCUGCAUAGCCAGAAGGAAUAUUUCCGGGGAAUUGCGCCGCAACCGUGGGUCUGGCCGGUCACUUGGUUUCAGAAAUGUGGCGGAUGGCGCAAAUUAUGGAGGACGCCCCGAAGCGGCCUGACAUGGUUCAAUAUCAUCUGGAUAUCGGUCUUCCAGUAUUGUCUCCUGCGGGUGCUCAUGACGAUUCUCGCGGUGGUCACGCAAACGUUCAACUUGUACUGCGAGGACUCGCUCAAUCCAGCGUUUGCCCACAUCUGGGUCUUGGUCAUCGAGUGUACCUCGGUCACGAUCGCCAUGUACUGUUUGAUCCAGUUCUUCAUCCAGGUCCGGCCCGAUAUCAACCACUACAGUCCCUUCCUAAAGAUCUUGUCGAUCAAACUGGUCGUCUUUCUUUCGUUCUGGCAAACGUCCCUCAUCUCCUUCCUCUUCUCAGCCGGGGCCAUCAAAGAAACCGACAAGAUCCAAGCGCCCGACCUGAACGUCGGACUUCCCAACUUGCUCAUCUGUAUCGAGAUGGCCAUCUUCUCCGUCUUACAUCUGUGGGCGUUUUCGUGGAAGCCGUACGCGUUCGACAAAUGGACGUUCGACGAAGUGAACGACGUCUACGGCGACCGCAAACCAAAAUACUACGGCGGUUUCUGGGGCCUCAAGGCUCUCCUCAACGCUUUCAACCCGUUGGACAUCGUCAAGGCCGUGAGCCGCGGCUUCCGCUGGCUGUUCGUCGGCCGCAAGACGCGCAUGAUGGAUCCUAGCUACCAACAGACCCCCGACGACGCGAUCGGCUUGAACGCCUCCGAGCCAGGCACGAACCACCCAACCGCCUACGAAGGCGCCAGAGGAUCGUUCACAAACGCCGGCCCCCAUCCCGGACGAUACUACCCCGACCCGAACACCGACGAAGAAGGCGCCGUGCUCCUAUCGCACGCGCAACCCACCGGGUUGAUGUCCCACUCGACAACCGACGUCAGCAGAAUGCCCUCUCCAUACGAGGAUACCAGUAACCCGGGCCCCUAUCUCUCGACCCCUCAACGGUCAGGCAGCCCAUCCUCCCUGUCCCUCCUAGAACCCGCCGCCCACAAUUCCCGCCCGUAUUCACCAUACGAUGACACAACCAACCCAUACCUGGUCCGGCCCCCGCUAGACGACGGCCCAUCCAGCCAGACACCUCUCCAUCAUCAAGACGCCCCCUAUCCAACAGGCCCUGCCCCUCUGAACGUCCAGGACCCCAUCCCACUCCCAGAAUCAUACCAACCCCCACCUCUCAAUCACGACAGCGCUCAUCCCCCGCGGUAGCUGGCCCUGGCCUUUUACCGCCGAUGAUUGAUCGUAAACAUGUACAUAAAUAUGGAUGGACCUCACAUGUUCUCUCAACCUGUUGGCACUGAGAACCAGACG